UGGAGGCUCAAAAGAGGUUAUUAUCGAAGAAACCAUAAAAAAACCACAAAAUACUUUUGGAUGACGAAUAUUUGUAUAUAAGAAAACUCUGUGCAAAGUGGAUACCACGCCAGCUCACUUUUGACCCAAAAAACGACGAGUAAUUGAUUCCAAGCUGUGUUUGGAGAUGUUCAAACAUAACAAACCCGAGUUUUAGCGUCGAAAUGGAAGUAACAUGCCUCCAUCAUUUCACUCCGAAGUCCAAUCGACAUUAACCUGAAUGAACUGACACGGUGAACCCACUCCAAAGCUUGGGAAACCUCAACACUCGUCUGGCGAGGUUAUGACAUGUUUUUUUAGCAUCAAAAGCCGGAGUGCCCAACUUUUAGCCGCUUAACCUAACCUACUCCCAUCUCAUGUCUAUCCCACUGGUCCACUGGACUAAGUAUUACUUCAUGGGAGUAUGGCAUCUGUAUUUUGGUAUGGGCAUAGAAUAAUUUUUACCUUGAAAAAGAAAGGAUCAUUAAAAGCGGCUAUUACAUAACGUUAUUGAACCGGAAUUGCCGACAAGGGAUCGCACUGUUUCACUCAAAUUUCGACUUAGAAUCGCUUCCAGAUCCACCGUAUUCUCCAGUUCUGGCCUCCAGUGACUAUUUCCUGUUCUCAAAUCUCAAAGGAAUGCUUGCUGGGAGGAAACUCUCGUCCAAUAAGGAGGUGUUCGCCGAAGCUGAGGCCUAUUUGGAAGGAAAGGACAGGUCGUACUAUAAAAAGAUAUCGAAAAGUUGGAGGGUCGCUAUAAUCAGUGAACUAAUGAUACCAGUAACUUCUCACAAAAAUUCAAUUAACUAAUGCUUGCAAGUAACCUGAACUCGCACUUUGAGUGCUAAUUGCCUACAUUACAGAGCAGUCAAAUAAUAUUAAGCCUAAAGUGUCGAUGAAAAUGCCAUCAUCAAAUGGAUUAUCAAUAUCAAAUGCUAAACGCGCAUAUGGCAGUUAGUGUCUAGAAUUGUCGUUCUUGUUUGACUAUUAUUGAACAUCUCUUUAACGUCAGCACAACGAAGCUUCCGGUGGUGAGUGUUUAAAGAAAAUGAAAAUCAUAAAGGAUAUGAAAUACGUAAACUUCGCUGGUCAAGUUUUCGGUCUUGUGCCAUUCUACGAAGUCAAACGCGGCGAGCUGAGAAUAAGCCUUCGUGGUCACUACUUCACGUACUUCAUCAAUAUACUGUUAUUUAUGAUAUCGCUGGCCGUCAGCUGGGUUGUGCUUAACAGCGAUAGUGGCUUUUCGGUAUUUCGCAAUUUGGAGGGCUCCGAUCAAACCACCGAGGCGCUAUUUUGCCUUAUAAGCUGCAACAUCAUUAUCUUCGUUUCGUCGACGAACAGUCGACGCUAUUGUGGCAUCUUGCAGGAAAUCGGUAAGAUGGACGCAUUUCUGGUGGCUAAGGGCUUCACAGCAGCAUACACGUGUUAUUUGCUAACGUGUUUUCUGAUCAUCACCGCAGCGGGUUUGCUGUACACCGCCUAUUAUUACAUGGACAUGCUGAGCGAUCAUUUUCAUUACCAUCAAGCCAUUUUGCUCGGAAUUUACAGCCUGCAGUUGCUGAUAUCGAAUUUGUACGCGAUUUGCUUACGCGUUUUGCUCGGCAAUAUAAGCAAACGUAUCGACUUCGUGAAUGGUCAGUUGGAAAUAAGUACGAAAAGUGAUCUGGCUGUGGAAAGCAAUUGGCGACAGAUGAGCUAUCACAUUGAGAUGCUCUGCAAGUACCGUUACGUUACAGAUAAGAUCAACAAGAGCGGCGGCAUAGCAAUGCUUUCUUACAUGAGUGUCGCGUUCUACAUCUUGACCAAACAAUCCUACAUGGCUUUUAUGACCGUAGUGCAACCCAUGGGCUUUGAGAAGAGGUAUGACAUUUUGGGUUUAUCUGUAGCCUGGAUUUUUGCUGAAUUUGUAACGAUUGCGGUGAUUUGUAGUGCCUGUGAUGGCGUGGCUUCCGAGGCUAAUAACACAGGGCAGAUACUUGCGCGCGUCUACGCCAAGGGCAAGGACUACCAAGAUAUCGUGGAUAAGUUUCUGUCGAAGAGCAUUAAGCAGGAAGUGCAGUUCACCGCUUAUGGCUUUUUCUCUAUUGACAAUACAACACUAUUCAAGAUCUUCUCCGCAGUCACCACUUACCUGGUUAUAUUGAUUCAAUUCAAGCAGUUGGAAGACUCAAAGGCCGAGGAGUAGAAAUUUCCACUGAAAAAAAAAAAUAAAAAAAAAUUAAAUUUUCUAUGAAAUUAUUAUUAUUAAGUUGAGUAAGCUUCAUUGGAGACAUUCAUUCACAAAAAACAAAAACGAAAAAUUGUUAUAAAGCGAGCUAGUAAUUUACCUUUAAAGCGGCGGCACUAGUUCUCGAUUAAUUUCAGAUAGUUUUACCUCUCACUCCAAAGCUCUGGAACACAUCUAUUUCCUCACUAUUUUUUUAUUCAGAAAAUAUGUAAAAUUAAAAAAUGUCUUUCUUACUUAGACACAAUACAGAGUAAAACCAAAGUAUAAUAUCAAAUAACUAUAUAACUUUACAAAAAUACAAAUCACAAAUUUUGUCCAACUUAGUGAACACCGAAUUUGGAAUUAAAUUAUACUAUAAGUUUCCUCCUUACUACUCAAAUGAGCUAUAAAACACCCUUAACCUGCACGUAGGGUGAACCAAAAGCUGUUCGAAACAGCACUCUGGAUCGCAAGCGCUUUCUUUGGCGCCAGUCGAUAGUACUUAUAGUAUAGGACUCGCUGAUGCCCUUGUGACCUUAGCAGACUAUAAAGCAUAUAUAUGAUUUUCUGGAAUUGGAAAACGACAUCUUUUUUUUUCAAAAUGGAUAUUCCUGAAUUGUAAUUCAU